AUGCCUCGCGAAAAUAAGAAGAGAGGCCGUCGAGCCGCCGAAAAAGCUGAAAAGGAUGCAGCCAAGCGAAAGCGCGACGAAGCGCCCGAAGACUCGACGCCCAAGCGAUUGAAGCCUACGACGGAUGAGAUGGAGGCGCCAUUGAACGAUUUCGGUCAUGGAGUGGACUACAUCCGCCUGGACGAGCCUCAGGAGGAAGGGGCACCGUCGAACGACAUGCCCUUUUACGGUCUCCUCGACAGCGACGAGCAAGAGUACUUCUCGCGAGCGAACGAGAUGUUGGAACUGAACCAGUUCCAGGACCAGGAGGAACGACGACUAUUCAUCGAUAGUGUCUACCGGGAGGCUCGUGGGAAAGAAUUGAAGAUUGCCUGCAGUCAGUCUUGCUCGCGACUCAUGGAGAAACUCAUAUCGAUGUCGGAUAUUCGCCAAAUCCGGCAACUGUUCAGCAAGUUCCUCGGCCAUUUCCUACAUCUGGUGCAGCACCGGUUCGCCAGCCAUUGCUGCGAGACACUCUUCAUCAAUGCAGCACCGGGGGUGACGCAGAAGACGCAGAAGACGCCGAAAACGAAGGAGAGUCGGGCGGAUGCAGGCGAGGAGGGGGAUGAACCUGAACCCGAGCUGUCGCUGGCGGAGAUGUUCAUGCAGGUCGUCGAGGAGCUGGAGGGAAACUGGGGAUUCCUUCUGACGGAACGGUUUGCCUCGCAUACGAUCCGGGUGCUUCUCCUGGUCCUUGCGGGGGAGCCUGUGGAUCUGUCGUCGAAUGAGUCGGUGGUCGCGAGCCGCAAGAAGGAAAGACUGGGCACUGUGACCACCGAGGCUACAGCAGACGGGGAAUCGACCACGCAGAAACGGGGCGUGCCGGAGUAUUUCGAGACUGCGGUGAAGAAGAUCAUGAACGACAUGGUGUCGGUGCUGGAUGAUACCUAUCUACGGGCGUUGGCCACCCAUCCCGUUGGGAACCCCGUUCUGCAGGUACUGGUUUCAUUGGAGCUGUCGCAUUUUGGCAAAUCGAGUGCGAAGGACCCCAAUUCCAUCACGAGAAGACUGGUUUCCGACGACACUUUCGAAGAGGGCUCCGCAAGCGCCACUUUUGUGCGCGGGUUGCUCUACGACCCGGUAGGAUCUCGCCUGCUGGAAACCAUGGUGCGCUACAUGCCGGGCAAACUCUUCAAGAGCCUCUACAAGAACUUUAUGCGCGACCAGAUCGGCUCAUUCGCACGCAAUCAAACGGCCGGAUACGUGGUUCUUCGAUUACUCGAACGACUCGGCAAGGACGACCUUCAGGCCGCCAUGGAGCAGAUUCUGCCACAGAUCCCCAAUCUCCUCGAACGGUCCCGGACGGUUGUCCCACGAGUCUUGAUUGAGCGAUGCGUAGUCCGUGGAGUCAACACGGCGCCCCUCGCUCGAUCGCUGGAGGCUGCCUGCGUUCGCGACCCCGCUACACGACUCGAGCAGAUACUCCGCCUCGACAGCAUCCCCAAGGAAUCAGAGCCGUCAUCGAAGGAGUCGGGCUCUACCCCAGCAGAGAAACUGCAUGGGUCGCUGUUGGCACAAGCGAUGCUGGCGGCCCCAGGGCCUCUAAGCGCCUUAAUCUAUGCGAGUCUACUAGCCCAGUCGACCGAGACGCUUCUACAGCUCGCGAAGGACCCGACGGCCUCGCGGGUGCUUCAGCAGGCACUGACCCUGCCGACCUCGACGCGCCAAUUCCGGCGACAAUUCACCACCCGAUUCACCGGUCAUCUGAAGGAUCUGGCGCUGGACAGCAGCGGGUCGCGUGUCGUAGAUGCGCUGUGGACGGCGACGCAGGAUCUCUUUUUCGUCAAGGAGCGCAUGGCGCAGGAGCUGUCGCAGCAUGAACUGGCGCUCCGAGAUUCGUUUGUCGGCCGGGCUGUCUGGAGGAACUGGUCGAUGGAUCUCUACAAACGACGACGAGGAGAAUGGGCUGCCAAAGCCAAAGAAAGCGAUCGCCAGGGACCGUCCAAGCUCGAACAGGCGCGGGCCAAGUUUGCGGCGGAGGAGGAUGCGAAGGAUAAAACGAGUAAAUAG